CAUCAUUUUCUUUUAAUUAUAUCUCAUCGAUCAAAUGCAUUAUAAUAAUUCAACAUUAUUGUCGAUGGACGCCGGCGAGGAGCUCCACCUACCACCACCACCACCGCCACCACCUCUUCCGCCCCCGACGACGUUACUAUCUCCGGCCAAUUUCUACAUGCAACAACCUAAUGAUCAAUUGGCAAUGCAAAAUAAUUGUAACUCUAGUCAAGUUGGACUUAUUUGUGAUAAUAUUGAUUGGGCUGGGCUUUUAUCUGGCUCUUCUUCGAUUAAUAACAAUAAUGAGUCGAUAGCAACGACUCCAAAUGUAUCGAUAAAUCCUAGAAAUAUGAAUAUGAAUAUGAAUACGAAUAUGAAUAUGAUGGAAGGAGGUGAACAACAUCAACAACCAUUAUUACAAUUACAAGAACAUAAUUUUAGAAGAGAAAAAGGGAGGAAGAGGAAAUAUGUACCACCUAGGGUUGCAUUUCAUACAAGGAGCACAGAGGAUAUUCUUGAUGAUGGAUUUAAAUGGAGAAAAUAUGGUCAAAAAGCUGUCAAAAAUAGCACACAUCCAAGGAGUUAUUAUCGAUGUACACAUCACACAUGCAAUGUGAAAAAACAAAUCCAAAGACUUUCAAAGGAUACAAGCAUUGUGGUGACAACUUAUGAAGGCAUUCAUAAUCACCCUUGUGAGAAGCUUAUGGAGACCUUAAGUCCAAUCCUAAAGCAACUUCAGUUUCUCUCUAGGUUUUAAAUAAAAUAUGUUUUACUCAUAUUAAUUACAUAUUAUCUAAAUGUCUCAAACUGAAAAGAAAAACGUAACAGAUACUAUACUAUAUGUUGGUGUUAAUUAUAUGACCCAACAUAUAUAAAAUUCUGUAUAGAAAUGUAAAUUAAGAUAUCAUACGGUCAAGAAGAAGCUACUAAUGUUACCACGUUAUGUAUGUAUAUGAACCAAGGAAAAAAAUCAUGUAAAUUUUAUAUGUUUAAUUUAA